AUGUCGCCAGAGAAGACGGAGGAGACGGUGAUGUUUCCGGAGAAGACGGAGGAGACGGUGAUGUUGCCGGAGAAGACGGACGAGCAGAUCGCCGGGAUGGUGGUGGUGUGGGAUGUGUCGGCAGUCGCCGCCAUCUCCGCAGAAACCCUAAUUUCUCGCCGUAAAGUAGCAGGGCAUUAUCUUCUUCAUGACGAUGCUGGCUUCGGGAAUAUUAUUAUUGUGGAUAACUUGCCAAUUGUUCGUAGGGAAAGGUUCGAGAAGCUUGAAGGUGUAGUUCGUAAAAUCUAUAGCCAAAUUGGAAUCCGUAGGAAGAUGAGGGAGAUCAUGGUGACACAAGCUCAAACUUGUGAUCUAAAGCAGCUGGUUCAAAAGUUCAUUCCUGAAUCAAUUGGUAGAGAAAUUGAGAAAGCAACAUCUAGCAUCUACCCAUUGCAGAACGUUUUCAUCCGCAAAGCUUGA